CGCUCCCGUUGGCUAGAUCCUCUGUCAAUAACAACGAGCUUGUCUAAGGAAUGGUGGUCCACUCGUAACAGCUGUGCGGUGCAUCCAUCCAUGCUGGUGUUCUGGUGUUUAUUAUUUUAAUCUAUCGAAAAUAGGGAUUUGGUGGAUCUGUCGAAACAUGUACGGAUUUGUCAACCACGCACUGGAACUUCUGGUGCUGAGAAAUUAUGGACCUGACGUAUGGGAAGACAUUAAGAGAGAAGCUCAACUUGAUGUAGAAGGACAGUUUCUCGUCAGAUUUAUAUAUGAAGAUUCCAAAACAUAUGACCUUGUGGCUGCUGCAAGCAAGGUUCUAAAAGUAGAUGCCGGAGACAUUUUGCAACUGUUUGGGAAAAUGUUCUUUGAGUUCUGUCAAGAAUCAGGCUAUGACACCAUCCUCCGAGUGUUGGGCUCCAAUGUUCGUGAAUUUUUACAAAAUCUGGAUGCAUUGCAUGACCAUCUGGGCACCAUCUACCCCGGUAUGCGUGCGCCCUCCUUCCGCUGUACGGAUGCAGAAAAAGGGAACAACCUUAUUCUACACUAUUACUCUGAGAGAGAAGGUCUCCAGGACAUCGUCAUAGGAAUAAUCAAGACAGUUGCACAGCAGAUUCAUGGAACCGAGAUUGAGAUGAAGGUAAUUCAGCAGAAGAGUGAAGAGUGUGAUCAUAUUAAGUUCUUGAUUGAAGAGAAGGACUCAGAGGAAGAGGCUUUUUAUGAAGACUUGGAUGGCUUUGAGGAGAACGGAACUCAAGAGACACGGAUCAGUCCAUAUACCUUCUGCAAGGCUUUUCCUUUCCAUCUGAUGUUUGACAAAGACCUAAUGCUCACGCAGUGUGGCAAUGCCAUCUUUAGAGUUCUGCCACAGCUGCAACCUGGCAUUUGUAACCUGUCCUCGGUGUUCUCUCUGGUGCGGCCGCAUAUAGACUUCAGUUUCCAUGGCAUCUUGUCUCACAUCAACACUGUGUUUGUGUUGCGGAGCAAGGAGGGCCUCUUGAACGUAGAGACUGCAGAGAAUGAAGAUGAGCUCACAGGCACAGAGAUCAGCUGUCUUAGACUGAAGGGACAAAUGAUUUCACUACCAGAGACUGAAAACAUCCUGUUCCUGUGCUCACCAAGUGUUAUGAAUCUGGAUGACCUGACAAGGAGAGGUCUGUACUUAAGUGACAUUCCCCUUCAUGAUGCCACACGUGACCUUGUGCUCCUGGGGGAGCAGUUUCGUGAAGAGUACAAGUUGACCCAGGAGCUGGAGAUCCUGACUGACCGUCUGCAGCACACUCUUCGAGCCCUGGAGGAUGAAAAGAAGAAGACAGACAGGUUGCUGUAUUCAGUUCUGCCUCCCUCUGUAGCCAAUGAGCUGCGGCACAAACGGCCAGUACCGGCUAAGCGAUACGACAAUGUGACAAUUCUUUUUAGCGGCAUUGUGGGGUUCAACGCGUUCUGCAGCAAACAUGCAUCUGCAGAGGGAGCUAUAAAAAUUGUCAACCUGCUCAACGACAUCUACACCAGAUUUGACAUUCUCACAGAUUCUCGGAAGAACCCUUACGUCUACAAGGUGGAGACUGUUGGUGAUAAAUACAUGACAGUGAGUGGUCUCCCGGAACCCUGCACCCAUCAUGCAAAAUCUAUCUGUCACCUGGCCCUGGACAUGAUGGAGAUUGCUGGGCAGGUGAAAGUGGACGAGGACCCAGUACAGAACAUAUUAUCUACCCCAGCUGAGAUCACCAUUGGAAUCCAUACAGGAGAGGUGGUCACAGGGGUUAUAGGUCAAAGAAUGCCCCGCUACUGCUUAUUUGGAAAUACGGUCAACCUGACAAGUCGUACAGAGACCACAGGAGAGAAAGGAAAGAUAAAUGUGUCGGAGUACACAUACAGGUGUUUGCAGUCAGUGGAAAAUGCAGAUUCUCAGUUUCAUUUGGAGUACAGAGGACCUGUGACCAUGAAGGGAAAGAAAGAGCCAAUGAAAGUGUGGUUUCUUUCACGUAAGACUUAAAAGACUUAGUGAAGCCACAACAGUGCCAUUUACAUUCAUUUCCCAGCUUCGUAUGUUGAUUCUGAAAUCUGUGAAAGAUCAUUUUAUUAUUUCCAACCGAGGGGUCAAAUGAAAAGACACAGUUAAGAAUGUUCUUCAGUGACCCCUGCAGUUGACAUGCCAAUUGUAUCUGAUUCACAGGUAAUGAAACAAUGGAAAAGUAAUGCAGACUGUAUGCAUUUUAGAUUGAGGUAUAGAAAUGCCCAUCCAUUAAAUCCAUUUUGAAACUACAAACUAUUACCAAGUAUUGCAUUAAGACAGAACAUAGAGCAUUUGACAUUAUUCAAGUCAGUGGCAAAUUCAGGAAACAUUUUAUUGUCUUUUUAUUGAAUUAUUAUUGUCUCACUAAGGGAUUUAUUUUAUCGGUUUAUAUGUUUGUGUUAAUAUUUAAUUAUAUUUAACAUUAUGAGCACCACCACUUUUCAAUGAUACAUUUUUACUGUGCACAUAAUUCUGACGUUCAGUAUAGACACAACACACUUUGUUACUGUAUUAUGCUGUGUAUUAUAAUAUUGUUAUGCAUUUAUUCAAGCUUUUUAAAGUCGCCAUGAAACAGAAGUGUCCAUUGUCUUACUUUCCCCGUGGUGACGUACUGUAUUCUGAGUGAAAUAGGCAGUACAUCGAGAACUGAUUGAACGUUUGAAGUUGGGUCAUGUUGCUAAUCCCUGCAAUCUUUUCCCGGACCCCGCCCACUUGCCAUACCAUAUGACCUGAAGUAAAGAGAGAUCGUUUUGAGGAGGGGUGGAGAUUUGCGUUUUUGAUUUAAAGAUUAUAUUUUUUUUUUCAUUAUUUUUAUAUAAAUAAUGAUAAAUAAUUUGUGAAAAUACCACAAUAUUCCAAAACCAAUUACAGUUUUUCAUUAAAAUUUCAUGGCGACUUUAAAGUUUUAAGUAUUAUUGAAUUCACAAGACCAUCUACACUCUGAAAAUGUUGGGUUAUUUUCAACCCAAUGCUCAGUCAAAAAGAGACAAGACCAGCCCCUUUGGUUGAAAUUUAACCUAUGCUGGGUUGUUUUAACCCAUUGUUGUGUCAAAUAUAACCAUUUUCUGGGUUUAUUUAACCCAACUUCUGGCCUUUUCCCUUUUUCAACCCAAUUUUGGGUUAAAAAUAACCCAGCAUUUUUUUUUUGAGUGUACUUUUUUCCAACCUUAUUUUUUAUGUUUCUAAGGAAAAUGUGUAAGCUAUACAUAAAAUGCAUUGCAGUUAAACUUACACUCUAAAAACAAACUGUGUUAAAUAGCACUAAAAGUGGUUCACUGACUCUUAUCAUAGGGGAACCAUUUAAAGUGCCAUAAAGCACCCAUGAAGUACCUGUGUAGCACACGUGUAGAACCCUAUUGUGCUAUAUAGAACCAUAUGUGGUGCUAUAGUGGUGCUAUAUCACCCCCGUAUGGUUCUUUAUAUGUGCUGUAUAUAUGACUAAAAAAGGAUCCCUUAUGAUUAUGAGCUACAUUUGUUUGUAGAGUGUACACUCUUAGAGUGAAUUUGUCAUACUUGUACAUAGCAAGUUAUUUUAUUUAACAGUACACACAAGUGUAUACAGUAUAUAUUCUUACACUAAUGUUAUUCUAUAUCACUAUAAGCAAUGGAGUCAAUAUAUUCUAAAUGUUUCUAAAUAAGUAAGUAUUUGAUUUUUAAAAAGUGGCUGUAAUUAAUUGGUGUGCGAGUUUGUAUUCAUUGAAUUUCAGAGAAAUGUAUGUAUAGGAACUCUGUCAAUAACGUUAAGCUAUUAUUUACACCCCAAGACAAUUGUGCUGUGCUUUGUUGUAUUGAAAAUAAGCAUUGUACCUGCUCAAUAAUGGUUUUUUUUAUUGUGAAAAUUAUUCUCUACAGAGCUCUUCUUAUCAGUCUAUCUAGAUAAAGUUACAGUUACAUCUAAACUAAAACAGUCCUGGUUCAGUUUGCUAAGUCUAAUGUUUUCUUGUGGCUCCAAUAAAUCAUUCUCAAAAACAAA